AAAGAAAAGAAAAAGGAAAAUGGAAUAAGGAGGAGGUUAUAUUUAUAAGAAGAAGGUGAGGCCGUUAUCUUCCCGCGAAGCGCAGCAGCAAUUUGCCCCAACUGAAGGUAGGGGGUUUAUCAGGAAGAAGAGGAGUAAGAUGGCAGUGGUGUCACUAUCAUUAUCAUUAUCAGGCGUUGGCUGUGCAGUGCAAUCGCCAAUAUUAUCUGUUCCAAAAGCUUCGUCGCCGAGAUGGAGAUGGUGGCGCAGCCUUCAGGCUCAGUGCGUUCAGGAACCGGAGAGAUUUGGAGGGCCAACAAAUGGCUGCGGCGGAGGAAUUGAGCGAAGAAAUUUGGUGAUAUCAUGGGCUGCUAUGUUAACCGCAGGCCUCUCUAAUGUUGCUUCCGCUCAUGGAAUCGCCGCCUCGGCAUCUCAAUUUGCCGACAUGCCAGCACUUAGAGGGAAAGACUAUGGCAAGACGAAAAUGCGUUAUCCAGACUACAAAGAGACAGAUUCAGGUCUUCAGUUUAAGGACUUGCGAGUAGGAGAUGGCCGCACUCCAAGUCCUGGAGACAUUGUAGUGGUUGAUUGGGAUGGGUACACCAUUGGAUAUUAUGGCCGAAUAUUUGAAGCUCGAAAUAAGACAAAAGGUGGUUCAUUUGAGGGUGACGACAAGGACUUUUUCAAAUUUAGAAUAGGAUCGCAAGAGGUAAUACCAGCUUUUGAAGAAGCUGUUUUGGGCAUGGCUCUUGGUGGCAUUAGAAGGAUUAUAGUGCCCCCAGAAUUAGGAUAUCCUGACAAUGACUACAACAAGAUGGGCCCAAGACCAACAACAUUUUCGGGCCAAAGAGCCUUGGAUUUUGUGCUAAGGAAUCAAGGGCUGAUAGAUAAGACACUUCUAUUUGAUAUUGAGCUCCUUAAGAUCAUACCCAACCGGACAUAAUUCACCACACCACAUAUAACUAUCUUGAGGAGUUUUGAGGAUGCGGCUUAGAGACAUCAAUAAGUUUUGGAAGCCGGUUAUUCAUCAAAGAGAAAAAGGUUGAGGAAGCUGGUUUGUUAAAUAUCAUCUAUCUAGGUGAAAGGGAAGGCUUAUUUGGAGUGGGUCUUUUUAUUUUAUUUUAUUUUUGGGUGGGGGAGAUGGAGGGUGUUAAGAAAAGGAAGAACAUUGGAGCUAAGCUAAGUUCUUUUGUUUCUGAGUUUUCCUUGCUCAUCAGAAUACCAAGGAUAUGCAGGGAGCUAUAUUUGUAAUUUAUACCCACAUAUAUUAAAUUUUUCUGUGAUAGUCCUAAAAAAAAAAAAAAAAAAAAAAAAACCAGAAAAAUGUUGUAUUGUGAUAGUUCUGCAUCAUGAAGGAUUAUAAUGUUUAUUUUCUCAAUGGAUAUGGCCAAGGAUCGUCAUCUCUCAUUUAUUGUUAUUAUUAUUAUUAUUA